CCCGUAAAUAAGAAGUAUAUAUUACCUUUGUCAUAAACCAGUUGAUCCCAAUAACUCGAAUUGUUGGGAGAAGGUUAUGCUGGAUCUUAUAUAGGUCCGUGCGUGGUGCUUAACCACUUCCUUACAACAUUUUUUUUUUUUUUUAUACAAAGGUAUAUACUACCUUUCCAAAGGCUAAGGUUGGGGCAGGGUAUGAAUAUUUUCUCUGAUGGGAGACAAGCAAGACUAACGGUUGUGUGUUUGCCAACCCAAAAGGCUAAGGUUAAGGUAAGGGAGGGGUAUGGGUGGGUAAUGGGUAUAAAGUUCAGUAAAUUAAAUAAAUCGAUAGGCCCAAUUGUGGAAUGGAAUUUUCCAUAAGUAGUGGAGUCUGAAAAGUUGUAAAGACAAAAUGAGUGGUAAAAUAUGGGCAAGGGAAAUCUACAGCAUCUGCAGCCCAUGAACUCCCCUCAUUGAUAAUGUAAGUUGGGUAGUACCCCGAUGUAUAUUCUUUUCAAAGAUUAAAAUAUCAUAUUUUAUAGAAAAACUUUAUAUUGGAGACUAAAUUUGUAGGUGGUAUCUAACUGUAUGAAACGGUGAAAUUGUGGUUUUAGCAUAAAAUACUCUAUCGCUAACUCUUCCAAUACAACCUUCCGUAAGAUAUUUCAAUCAUCGAUUAUUGUCCUCACGAGAAAUCCCAUUCAUCAAGGGCAUUAUUAAGUGGUGUCGUCACCAGAUAAAUUUCAUUCAUUGUUAAUCCGACACAAUCUCGUUGCGAAGGUCGAAAAUGAACCAUUAGAAGGCUAGCAUGAGAACCUAAUUGCAAUGUACACAUGCUUAAUAAAGUCUCUCAAGAGGGAUGUAACAAGUCAAGAGGUGUAUCCCAUUUCCAUCCGAUGGCCAACUUGAAUCAUCAGGGACCCCAGGGAAAGUGGUAGCUCCACGUGGGACUUGAACCAUUCAUUUUAUCAUUUUUGUUACUAGCUUAUAACCCGGCCCAUUGGCCGGAAUGUUUUUAUUUGAUUAUUUAUAUUUUUAUGUUAUGUUAAGUCAAUCAACCGGUUUAAUUUUAUUGACAAUCCUUCGAUCGAGAUUAUGCAUAAAGAAAGAAUAUGUAGGUCUAACAUUCAGAGAAAUACCAUCAUCAUUUAAGAAUAUAAAAUAUAAAAUGUAUCAUUAAUUUCUUUUUCAUAAUGAUAAUUAAGCCAUCGUUAAAAUACUAUUGGUUAGUUGAUUGUCAAGAAAGAGGGUAUAAAAGCUCAGUGAAAUUCCACACGACCAUUAGAUAGUUUGAAACUAAAUCACCACACAAUCCUACAUAAGGGUUUAAUGCGCUCCAUUAAUGAACAAUAUGUCACUAAUAAAAAAAAAUGGAGAGUUGUUGAUUCAAGUCAACUAUAUACUAACAACUCAGCUAAGAGGGGAUCAUCAAAACUUGACAGCAAAUGACAAAAUUAGGGUUAUCUCCAACAUACUAAUAGACUCAAUCAAAGUAAUAAUGCACAAAAUUACACACUCCUUGUCUAUCAGUUCCAGUAGGUUGAAUAAAGAAUCGACCUACUUCAAUAAAUCAAUCAAUGAUUCCUCGUUUUAAGAUAUAAAUAGGUUGUGAUAGAUGUAAAAAUCAUAAACAUAAAGAUCCAAUAGCCACCACUUUUCAUUGUACAACCAAAUUUUUAUCUCAAGAGACAUAUGUUUCAACCAAAAAUUCAAUUUCGAAUCCUCCUUCUGCAACUCCAUUAUUGAUUAAACUCUUUUACUUGCCCAACUUAAAUCCCCAACAAUAAAACCGCAUGCCAAGAGAUACCGAAUGAUCGAUUUUCAAAGGUCUCCUUGUACUGGGAAGUGAAAGGGGCGCAAACUAUUGUACGAUGGAGGAAAUUUUCGAGGAAGUUAGAAAGAGAUAAACACAAAGAUAAAAACCACAAAAUUUAAAUUGAAAAAUGCAAAGACACAACACAUAGUGACAAAAUUAGUCCUUAAAAAGUUAUGUGAAAUAAAAAAAAAAAUUCAUGUUGUUUGGAUUUUGGAGCACAAAGUUAUGGUUGUCCAAAGUUUGACGAAAUCGGAAAAAAGCUCGUUCGGGGUAGCAAACGACAUUUUUUAGGACGAAGGCAGGAUCAAACCACCUUCGGCUUGCAAGAUCUCAAAAAGUUAUGCGGAAUCAAAAAAAAUUUCGCGACGAUCGGAUACCCGAACACAAAGAUACGUCCGUUUGAAGUUUCCACCUAGGUUAGGAUUUUUCAAAAAAAAAAAAAAAAAAAAAAAAAAACAGAUCGCACCCUGGGGGUGCGGUCUGCAAAACCGUCCCCUGGGGGUGCGGUUUUCAUCGAAAAACGCGCCCCUGGGUGGCGGUUUUCGCUUAAACCGCACUGGUAGGGAGCGAUUUUUCAAAAAGGGUGCUAUUUUUGGAAUUUUUCGGAGUUGGGUGCUAUUUUUGGAAUUUUUUUUUAAACAGUGCUAUUUCUGGAAAAAUCCCUACUAAUUGGACUAGGUGGACACUAAUAUACAAGGGUCUUUUGACCUUUCACUUGUAUUAUCGAUGUGGUAUCCCAUAACACUUUCUUAGCUGUUGUUAUGACAUGAGGCAGUAAUUGGCAUUGGCUAGCUACGAAAUAAGCUCUAUUUUUAUCCAUGAAUGUCAAAAUCAUAUAGACUCGUGAUUACAAAAUUGGCAACCCUUGUCAUUUUGGUUGAUUGAGCAAAGAAAAUCAUCAUUCAUCACAACUUGGUCACACUCUGACCCUAACUGGGCCAUGGCCCCCGCUAAAACUCUGAUGGGCCUACGUAAAAUGUUGGGCCAAUGUAAUGGUUACAAUAAAACCCACAUCAUUCGAGUGGGCUUGGAUUUCGCUGUUUUGAAAAAAAUGUGAGGCCGAUGCCGGGAAAAUUUUUAUCCGCCAAACUUUUUCUAGACGAAGAUAUUAUCCACUUCCUGCUUGGAUACUCAGAUUUAGAAUGCAAUUCAAGAUGACUUUCUGAAAAGUCACCUAUUCUUGUUAUAUUUCACACUGAGCACGUUUAACUUGGAAUCAAUGUCACCACAAAACGCGUCUUGUCAAUUAAUGUCGGUUUCUUACUUAUGAGUCAUGGAUCUCUCCCAUCCUUUGCCAAUUAGGGAUUUUCCUAAUGUGUUACAUACACAUUUCCUGGGACUCAACGUUCUCGUGGAGGUUUGCCCCACCAUCGUUCAAGAAGGAUGCAUAGAGGCUCUGAUACCAUUUGUAACAUCCUGAACCUUUUCUAGACGAAAAUAUUGUCUGAUUUGGGCCUCGACUCUCACGGAUUACGACUUGGCGUGCAAUUCAAGUUGAUCCCCCAUAAGGUCACACAUACUUGUUGUACUCCACACCGAGCACGUUAAACUUCUGAGUUCUCACUCCAAAAAAGCGUCUUGUCAGUUAAAAUCGGUUUCUUACUUAUGAAUUAUGGAUGUCUCCUGUACUUUGUCGAUAUGAAAUUUGCCUUACCUGUUACAUGUUAUGUUUUGUAAAUAUUUCGAUUUAAUGAAGGAAAAUUAUUAAAAAAAAAACCUUAGUCUGAACUCGGAAGACAAUGCUCACCUUUCAUGGCUUCCUUCUAAUCACUAAUACCACCACCAGAUCCCCUCUCCCUCAUUUCUUUACUCCAUCCCCAAAUCUCCGUUUUCGGAGCUUUCUCCUUGUACCGUUCCCCAAAUCAACCACCUCCGAUUUUCGAUCCUCUUCUGAGCCCCAAAAUGCCGCGGCUCCCACUCUACCUUCUUCUCUGCUUCGCCGCCGCCGCAGCGCCGCCCUGGACCGACUCGGCCGGCGAAAUCCCGACCUGCUCCGGGAUAGUCUCGAUGAGCUACCGGAGCGAUAACAUUUCGAUUGGCGACUUCGGCGGCGUCGGAGACGGGAAGACGCUCAACACCAAGGCGUUUAAGGAGGCGAUUUACAGGAUUCAGCAUUUGAAGAGGCGCGGCGGCACUCUGCUCUACAUACCGGCGGGGGAGUACUUGACGGAGAGCUUCAACCUCACCAGUCACAUGACUCUCUUCUUGGCUACAGGCGCCGUUAUCAAGGCCACGCAGGAAACUUCGAAUUGGCCGGUGGUUGCUCCUCUGCCAUCCUAUGGACGAGGGAGAGAGCUCCCUGGAGGAAGGUACACGAGCUUCAUUCAUGCUGAUGGAGUACACGACGUGAUCAUAACAGGCGAGAAUGGCACAAUCGAGGGGCAAGGAGAUGUCUGGUGGAACAUGUGGAAGCAGCGGACGCUUCAGUAUACCAGACCGAGUCUGGUCGAGUUCAUGAAUUCACAUGACAUAAUCAUUUCCAAUGUCACCUUCAAGAACUCUCCCUUUUGGAACAUUCACCCUGUUUACUGCAGCAACGUUGUGGUUCGAUAUGUUACCAUCUUGGCUCCCCAUAACUCUCCUAACACCGAUGGAGUCGAUCCAGAUUCAAGCUCCAACGUGUGCAUAGAAGACUCCUAUAUCUCCACCGGCGACGAUCUCGUCGCCGUGAAGAGCGGCUGGGACGAGUACGGCAUCGCAUUCAACCGACCCAGCACGGACAUCACCAUCCGCCGCAUCACUGGCUCAUCCCGUUUCGCCGGGAUCGCCGUCGGCAGCGAAACCUCCGGCGGCGUGAAAAACGUCCUCGCCGAGAACAUCAACCUCUACAACAUGGGCGUAGGGAUCCACAUCAAAACCAACACGGGCAGGGGAGGCUUCAUCCGCAACAUCACCGUGUCCAACGUCUACAUGGAAGACGUCCGGACCGGGAUCAGAAUCGCCGGCGACGUCGGCGGCCACCCGGACGGCAAUUUCAACCCGACCGCUCUCCCCGCCGUCGAGGGGCUGACCCUCGACGGCAUUUGGGGUCAGAAGGUUGGUCAGCCCGGUUUGAUUCGCGGGUUGAAGGAUGCUCCGUUUAAGAGAGUUUGUUUGUCGAAUGUCAAUAUACAUGUCGUUCGGAGGAAGAGGGGGAAAAAUAAUAAUAAUACGCUGCUGACGUGGAAAUGCUCUGAUGUCAGCGGUGGUUCCUUUCUGGUCAGCCCUUCUCCUUGCUCCGAGCUCGCUAACAGUAAUGGCACCGGCUCUUGCUCCGAUCACUUUCGAAAUCUCUGAUCGGUUUCAGUUUCCGUUGCUCUGUUGGCGAUGAUCCAACUCCGAUUUCAACGGGUUUUGAAGAAAUCUGGAGUGUUUGUUGUAAAGUGAACUGGAUAGGUCCUGCCCUUUUAACUUCAUUUUGGUGUUGAUUCGAUUUGUAUUGCUUGUAUAGUUGGUAAACACUAAUUAUUAGUCAAAUCUCAAAUGAUUCCCGCAUUCCUUUUUUAAUUAUCCAAAUGUUCAUUUGCCGUUAAUAAUUUUGGUAGUAGUGUUUACCUUGUAUAAGAAUGGUUAGUGUUGGGGUAUGGCUCGGGUCCAGCCGCGAUAUGCGAUAACAACCUCGCACAUAUCGUCCUCGGGAACCCAGGAACUUCGCUAACGCAUGGCACGUGUCCAAUAGUAAGUACUCACGAAACCUCCUUUUGGAAGGUGAUUAAAAAUUACAGAAAGAU